CGGACCGUCAACUGAGAAGGGACCAACAAACUCUCGAAGUACAUUUUCCUGAAACAAUAUCCAAAAUGUACUCAAUAAGAAAACUGACUUGUGAACCAGUCCUGUUUAGGGCCACUGAUUACAAACAGCUCCUGGAAACUGUGAAGGGCCUCAGAGAUUCCUUCUAUAAAGGCAGGGCUAUGAUUAAGACUGUGAAGGAUUGGGCUCACUUGCAUGAAAGCAAACAAAGCAAGCUAAAGGAGGAGCUGAAAAAAACCCAUGCGCUUCUUGCAAGAGAGACUGAGAAAAGACGUGCAUGCACCAAAGCCCACAUCAGCUACCUGACUGAGCUUGCUCAAAAGGAGAACGAGCUGAAGAGCAGUGAGCUAAAGUGGAGCACAAAAGUGCAGUCUCUUGAGGAGGAAAAUCGGUAUCUCCAUGAGCAGGAUGACCUGCUGAAAAGCCGACAGGGCCAGCUUGAGGAGGAGCUGAAACAAACACAUCAGCUUCUCAAGGGAGAGACUGAGAAAAGGCAUGCACCCACGUCGGCCCCCGUCGACUGCCUGACUGAGCUUGCUCAAAAGGAGGAGCCCCAGGUGGAGCUUGAUAACGUGAACCUGAGCCAGGAGCAGGCUCAGAAUGAGGAAGUGUGCAUCACAACGGUGCAGAAGGUGGAGAUGGAGAGCAAACUGCCCACAGAAGAGUUAAUAGAGAGCAAACUGCCAACAGAAGAUUCAAUAGAGAGGAAACUGCACACAGAAGAGUUAAUAGAGAGCAAACUGCACCCAGAAGAGUUAAUAGAGAGUAAACUGCACCCAGAAGAGUUAAUAGAGAGUAAACUGCACCCAGAAGAGUUAAUAGAGAGCAAACUGCACCCAGAAGAUUCAAUAGAGAGUAAACUGCACACAGAAGAUCGGAUGGAGAGCAAGCUGCACACAGAGGAUGUGAUGGAGGAGGAGAAAGACAGGAAGCCAACCAGAAAAAGAAGAAGGGGAAAGAAGGGGAAGAUCCAAGGAGCAGAUCUUCCCCUGACAAAGCCCUGAUUUAUAAUACUGAUUUAUAAUGCAGAGAAAACCAACUAACUACCAGGGCUUUUUCUUAUAUCACAUUAUAUUUUUUAGAGAACAUGUGCAACAAUGAUCUGUCUACAAACCAAAAAGAAGUUUUAUGCUACAGUCAGCUUCCCUCUUCUAUUAGUGCUUUUGUCUUUCGACCAACAGUUAUUCUUUUUUUAUGAGCAGAUUCUUACUGCAUCGAUUAUAUUAUUUGUUUUC